AUGCCAACAGUUGAAAGCAUCGUCCAAUCGGAAUCGUCAAAUGUGAAUGAUGACAGUUCAAGUGAAUUUGGUGUAUUAAAGGGAGAUAUUCUAGUUGUAGUCAUUUCUAAAAGUGAGAAAGUUCCUACCGAUAUAACUGACUUGGUAUUUGGUGAGUAUGGUGGCAAUAUUAUGUUUAGAUAUACACUUACAUGUAAUACUUUUAGUUCUGGCAAUGUCUGCUUCCAAGCCCUGAGUUGUGUCAAAAGAGAGUUGAGAACUGGUAAGCCUUUUGCAAAAAAAUAUAAAACUCCAUCCAAUCCAUCAAUCGGAGUUGCCAGCUUCAUUGAAAGUGUUAAAUCGCGUGCAAAUGAUGUCCAAAAAGACUGGGGUGUAUCAAAUAUUUCAUCCGUGUUUGUGUCAAUCCAAAAGUAUGUUGUGUUUCUAUCUUGUGGUAAAAUUGCACCGUUGACUGAGAAUUUCGUAAUUCUAUCUGUGACUAAAAAUGAUAACGAGUAUGAUUGUUACAAACAAGAGGAAUGA